AUCACAUCUCUAUAAGUAUCUUUUCUUCCUUUUAAAACCGCAGGCAUUUUUCUUCUCGCUCGUUUUCUGUUGCACUUAACGUGAAAGUAGUAUCCAAUCCCCCCACCAUUCUGCUGUUUCAAUUUAACCGUCAGUAGACUUUAUUUUGGAGUCAACAAGAAUACAGUAGAUGCAGUAGUCUAUUCGGCUUCAAAAGAAUAACAAAAAAAACGAACGCAAAAACGGAUGCUUUGUUAUACCAUAUUUGGAGUCUAAAGACUUCCGUAAUUGUUAAUUAUUACCAAUAUUAGCGACAAUAUUCCUUUUCAUUUUCACCCAUCAUUUGAAUUAUUUGAGUUUGAAAAAACUUUUAUUGUAAUGCUACUUUCAUUGUGUCACAACCAUAUUCGCAAGAAAAAUCAGAAAAAAAAUUAUAACACUGACUCAAAUAAACUCAAAUAAACUAAAUAACAAAUUGUGACUGAAAACAGUAGUAAAAAUACAGAUUACAGUAUGUUUAUUUCCUGUCUUCAUUAACAAAGAUAUAUGGUCUCUGAUUUACGACAAAACCUAAUUUGUUCAUUCUUAAUAAAAUGAUUCCGACUUCAUUGACUAUCUCCUCUUGCGACGUUUCUUUCAACUCGCGUUCGACCCUCGACUUCAAUCAGAACUGGCGAUCCGUUGAAUCAAAAAACUUUUCAAUCUCAGAUCUAUGUUUACAAGUUAACAAGAGUUGUUUAUUGUGCCAAUUGGUUGCUUUUAUGGGCCCCUCGCAGCAUUAAUUCCCAUAUACUGGACCUAUUUUGUGUCUGAUGGUCUUUUAACUGUAUAAACAUCGGUUUUACAAUCUGUACCCGUCUCGAUUUAUACAAUAUGAACCUUAGGCAAAAUAAUCUGCCAUUGUUUCCGUUACAAUUUAUGAAGUGCAGUUAAUAGCUCAAAACUAACACCUGAAUUCAAAUUUUAAAAAGUUACCAUCCACAGAGUUUGAACGUUUUAUUUUCUGAGCGGAGCUAAAAAUGGGUUCACUCACAAUUUUUUAUGUAAUCAAGAUUUUCAUACUUUUGCAUUUCAAUAAAUAUAUAAAUUGCAAAAAUUUAUUUUUCUAUUCCGAAUCAAUUAUCGCCUCAAUUUCCUGCGACAAUUUCAAGCUCAUUGCAAUCGAUGGCGGAAUCUUAUCGGAUCAAAACUUCAAAUCGUGCAGUAACGAAAACGACACUCAGCUAACUUCGUAUUACCGAAACGCAUUCUACCAAUACUCGACGACCAAUAGCAUCCUAGCAUCUAUUUCGUCUAAUGAAGAGUCUGAUUUUGCUCUGAACCUCUUAGCCAAUCAGAGCUCUGCAAGCGGUUCCGAGCAGAUAACCGACGUUGCCUUGACCGACAGCUUUGUUUACCAUAUUUUCAAAGCUCAAAAGGUUUUGAUAGAAGCAAGAAGCUUAGGACUGAGUUUGAUGGAAAAGCUGAAGAUUUCAGGUGUUUUAGAGUACAAAACAAUAGGAAGUUUCUUUGACUACCCGUUCCUGUACCUUGUGAUUUCAAAGAAGGUGCAGAGCUCUGGAAUUACAAAACACCAGUCAUCGCUCAUCAGAUUCCAGCCCUCAACGAACAAUCCAUUUGCAGAUACAAUCCACAUGGAGCUAGAGUGUCAGCCAAUCAUUGGCCAGAAUAUCGAUGACGUCAUAAUAACCGCGAUCACUAUGACUCCUUUACUCCGCAACUUCAACUACCUAGUCUCAAACACCGGACCCGGAACCCCUACCUUGUGCCAGCUAUCUCUCAACGAUGUAGAUCAGUAUUUGAAUAAGAGCAUCAAAAACUGCAGAAGUGGUUUAAACGAUGAAGCAAUAAUAUCCAGGCACUUAUCGAUAGGGUUCCAGGAACCCCCGAGCGUCAGCCGAAGAUGCUCUUUUUACGACAUGGGCAAACCAUUGUACCUCCCAGCUCUCAAGCCAACUUUCAAAUCCUCUAUACCCUUUUCAUUAAUAGACUUAAAAAGCGCAAGUUUUCAAGAACGAGAAAUCUUUGUCGGAAUGAAACAUGAUUUUGAAAUGGUAGCGUUUUUAACAAACCCGGUUUAUCAAAAGCUAUCAUCUCAGCGACUGAGCAGCAAAACUACAUUUUUAGUCGGAAACUUUCAAAUAAUAACAAGCUCAGGCUCCAGUGAUGAUAUUUUAACAUUUCCACUAAUUGAUUGCGCUUCGCUUCAAAACUGUUCAUCAUGUCUUGAAAAGGGCGCAAGCUUAUGCGCCUGGUGUUUGCUCAAAGGCUCGUGUGAACUUUUAUCGAAAUGCCCAGAUGAUGAUUUGCCUAUUGAAUCAUCUCAAAUCGCCAAAAACUAUUCCGUACAAAAUUGUCCUUUUGUAGAAAACUAUAUUCCGUCUACCAUCGCUACAAGAAGCGCAAAUUUGAUAAACUUCGCUAUUCAAAACUUACCCCAUUCGGACGAGUUAGCUAGUCGCGGCGUUAGUUGCAACAUUCCUAAUAAGGAAAUAUUCGGGAAAACGGAAGUGUCAACCGUCUCGUACCAAAUCAGUCGGCAAGGGGAGACUUCGGUUAAAUGUAUCAUCUCGAUACCAGAGUUAGCCGAGACGGAAAUUGUUCCCGUCGAACUGGUGUACGGCGCUACGAAUGUAGUUUUGACGGGGUUUGGAAUUCCAAUUGAUAAAUGCAGCCGCUACUCAGGUACCAGUUGCGCCCAAUGUGUUCAGAACUCGGCGGGAUGUCAGUGGUGCCCGAACACCGAGAAGUGCUCGGCUUUUUCAAACAAAACGAGUUUAACCGACUACUGUGCCUUAAGAUCCCUGAUCAAUCCAAAACUUUGUCCAACAAUUUUACAGGUCGAGUCACCCAAAACAGAGUUUGAAGUUGUCGAAGAAAUUCGACUAGUAGUUCAGGCUAGUAAUGCAAUUGAAGAAAUCCCAAUUAACUGCCGGUUUCAGUUGCGGAAUUGGGUUUUUGCCGUCCCGGCUACUCUGAUUGGGCGAAAAUCAAUAUACUGUGAUCCAAUUAAAUUACGAUUUGACGAAACGUCUAUCAAUGGAAUCACGACAUAUAAUGUAGAUGUUCGGCAAAAUAUGAGUUUGCUGGAAAAUCCAAAUGAAUUGAAGAUUUCGAUAUACGACUGCACGCAAAUGGCGACGACUUGUAGCAGUUGCGCUUCUUUAUUUGCUCGUUAUAAGUGUGCAUGGUGUCAGGUCUCGUUGUCGUGUACGACCGCAACUUCGUGUUUACCGGACUGGACAACUUCGGACCAAACUCAAUGCCGAGAACCGCCGAUCAUAUCCGAGUUCGAACCUAGCUCUGGACCCGUCGCCGGCGGCACUGAGCUUCGGAUCUUCGGGAAGAACUUUGGUUCCAAUUCAGAUUAUAUCAGAAACAUAACUAUUGGGCCAAUAAUUUGUGAGUUGAAAGCAGUUUAUCUGAUCAGUAAUAACUUGGAUUCAAUUAUUUGUUCAACUGGUGAGUCGAAACUGGUUUUUGCAGAUCGCAUUAAUGUAGAAGUAUUAAAUGGAAUGAGCGGAAUUUCGAAUGCAGUUUUUGAGUACAAAGAACCAAUUGUUCAACAUUUUCACCCUAAACUGGGUCCAAAAAGCGGAGGUACUUUGGUGCAAAUUGUCGGUUUGAAUUUAGACACAGGGACAAAUCAUUUUGUUAACUUCGAGACUACUCAAGUUCAAAUCCACGAGCUCACUUCAUAUUUUGUUACUUUUUACACUCCGGCGUUAAGCACCAAUGAAUCGUGGGUGAACCUUCAAAUUGAUGGGGGAAUUUAUCAUGUCGGAAAGUACCAUUUUAGACCAGAUCCGGUGAUUACGAAUUACCACCCAAACUUCUCAAUAAGCGCAGGUGGAAUUAACAUAACUUUCGAAGGAAGAAACUUCAAUUAUAUAACGCGAGCUAAAAUCACAAUUCAUGUUCAGCGAAUGCAAUCAUCAACUUGGUUCGUUUACGUCAACGAAUGCUCUUCGAUUGAAGAAACAAGAAUAGUUUGUGCAACACCCACUAUGGAAGAAAUAUUUCCUCAUGUUAAAGUCAAAAUUGGGUUAAAAUUAGACGGAUUUGAGUAUUUAGAAAAAUCAAAAGAGUUUUUCAUCAUUCCAACUCCGACAUUCCAAACUUUUGAUCAAGUUUACCUCAUAAAUGAAGACAGUGUGAUCAAAUUUCACGGCUUUAACUUAAGCUACAACCUUCAAAACUCGGAUUUCAAAGUUUUUAUGGAUAAAGUGAAAGUUUGUUCGUCUAUUCACGUGGACAGCACUGAAAACUUCAUCGAGUGCCAAGUUAAUAUUGGUGAAAACUCGCCUCAAAUUACAAACUCAAAACCACUUUUAGUUCAAAUUCAACUAGGCUCAAAUGUGUUAUAUAGUUUGGGCUACGUGAAACUAAAUCAGGAAUCAAGCGGCAUUCCGACAUUGGUGCUUUUUGGAGUUACAAUAUCAGGGCUGUGCUUCUUGGCGACAAUUGCGAUUAUUUGGUACGGUUGCAAGAUUUGCAGAGUACAGGAGCUCUAUAUUAUAAAGUGAAACAUGAUACUGCUGCCUUUUUGAAAACUUGAAACCUAGAAAAAAAAAAAGAAUUAACAAAACUUUGUCUCUUUGAAACGAGCAGCCAUAAUCGACAACUUAUUAUUUUCUGAAAAUUAGUCAUUUAGUUAAGCGUUUUGCUAAUAAAACUUUGAAAUGGU